AUGGACCAUAGAAUGAGCGUCUAUCAGGCGCUAAUACAUUAUUUAGUAUUGCUUGUAUAUCCUGCCUGCGCCUUCAUUGCUGGAGUUGAUGGACCUUUAUUAUAUCAAGAGGCUUUAGAAGGUGGCAACACAACUCUUUACUGUGAUACAAUUCCAACAAUUGCGGAUGAUGAACUCAUGUUGCUAAUUUGGUAUAAAGAAGACGAUUCUAUUUAUAGUUACGAUGCCCGAAUAAGUUACGAAUGGUCCAGCGUAACUUUUAACAGAACCGGAAGACUGACCGUCGAUUUACGUAAAAACCCUACCGUACUUUCUGUGUCGGAUUUGCGAGAAGAUGACCAAGCAUUAUACCACUGCAGGGUGGAGUUUUUACUGUCUCCUACCAGAUAUACUGGUAUAAAUCUAACCGUUAUUGUGCCACCUAGUAAACCGUUUUUUCUGGACGAACUUGGUAAUAAGGUGCAAAAUAAAGUUGGUCCCUAUUUUGAAGGAGACACGUUGGUGCUUAACUGUCUCGUAAUUGGAGGACGACCUCCACCUCGUAUUACAUGGUAUUCUGGUGAUGUCCUCGUAGAUGCGUCAGACAGUGAAAGCGAUAUACCAAAUGUAAGGCAAAAUGAAUUAUACUUGCCACUGAUGAGAGAUAACGCCGAAAAUCUCUCUUGCAAAGCAACUAACACGCACUUGUCACCACCUGUCUCAGCUUACGUAGAUAUAGAAUUAUAUUUAUCUGCCGAUAACGUCUCAAUCCAUUGGAUCCAAGGCAUACAAAAUGGCAGUCUUCAAAGCGGUAAAAAAGCUAUAGUACAAUGUACAGCAUAUGGAGUCUAUCCUUCCCCUGAGGUAGCUUGGUGGCUGAAUCAUAAACAUUUAACCCAGUAUAGCAAUCAGACUUGGAGCCAUGUUACGAGGACAGCAGUGUCACGCCUACAAUUUAUACCCACGGUAGCAGACAAUCAAGCUACUUUGGCAUGUGUAUCUACGAAUCCCGCUAUACCACCUGGAAGGAAUUCUAAAGCUGAUGUUGUUACUCUAAAUGUGACAUAUGCUCCAAUAGUAGAAAUUUCAACCCUUAAUAUGAGUAAACUCAACGAAGUUAUCGAAAACAAAGCUUUACAACUAAUGUGCGAAGUUGAAGCAAAUCCCCCGCCUGAUAGAAUUAUGUGGUAUUUUAAUGGUGUGCAAAUUAAGGAGGGAAAGAUUUGGGGCGAUGAUGUCUUCUCAAAUACAAUAUUUAUUCAAGAAGCAAAGCGAACGCAUACUGGCCAAUACACAUGUUCAGCUAGAAAUAACAUUGGAGAAAGCAAGGCAGAACUAGUAAAUAUAACUGUACUCUAUCCACCGGAAUGCAGAGGACUCGGUGUAACCCUGAAUGACGAAACUUUAGUUUGUAACGUAACAGCUUUACCGGUUCCUAAUACAUACUUUUGGCAAACUCAAAUAGAUUCUCAAGUAUAUAAUUUUACAACUGACUUGCCUUUUAUCCCACUUUCACAAUUUACGGUUCCUUUGACAACGACAGUUAACGUUACUUGUAAAGCAGACAACGGCAUCGCUUCUCAACAAAACCUAUGCACACGAAGUAUGAGCUUUAAGCAUUUGCGACCAGAACCACCGCAGCAAUGUGAUCUGGCUUAUGAAGAAGAACAGUUUCAAAUCAAAUGCAUACCAGUUGAUAACGCUACGUACUAUGAGGUUGCCGUUUGGCGGAUGUCAAAAACCAACGCAUCUUUAAUACUCGACUAUAGAAAUUCGAUGGGAUUUGGUGCAAGUCAAGCACUUACACGGCACGGUGGAAAUAUUUGGCUUGUUAGAGGAAAACUGGGAGCUCUAAAUCAUGGAGACGAGGCAGGUGCGGCCGCCUGCAACCGAUAUGGUUGUUCGACAUUUUUGUUUCUGAGGCCUACUGAGAAAUUAAUUAGUUCUGCUUCAAUACCUUGGUGGAAAUCAGUUUUAGAUAAAGACGUGGGCAUUUCACUUGGCAUUGCGCUGCUCGUCAUCGUGUUUGUGAUAUCAACGGCAUUAGUCGUUAGUGUGGCAAGAAGAUCUCUCAAGAAACAACCAGUACCUGUCAUACAAGUGGUACAAAUUGAUGAUGUCACUCGGGACUAUCUCAGCAGUACUAGAGAACUAAAGAUGCAUCCAUCGUGUAGUCUCCGUUCCUGCAGCAGUAAUUUCUUAGAUGAAAACGAAGAAAAAAGUUUAACGAACUGGCGCCGUGAACAUGUUCUCCGUGACUGGGAUCCUCCACCGGAUGUCACACUCAUUAGACACAGGGAAAGCGCAGUUUGA